CCGGUUGAUUGACGGAUUGUCACCAUGUCUUUAGUUUAUAUUACGAUUAGCAAGGUUUGGUCACGCUGGGGGGUCGGCAUCACCACGGUGGCUGAGGAAUCCGAACUUCCCCGGAGCCGGGUUUCUAUCUGCGGGACCACAGUGGGGCGGAAAUGGUGUCUCGAGGGCAUGUGACGAAUGCAUUUCACCGCAGCUGAUUUGAAACAGUCCUCCGGGCCAGAUAAAUGUUGGUGAAGUUCGGUGAUUGUGUGAGGUGUCGACUCAGCCUUCUUUGCAUGCUCUGACGCUGCUGCAGGGAUGAGACGGAAGCGCAAGGCCCCCGAGCGCCAGAACGGGGAGCCCAGCACUGCUGGGGCUGAGCCGGAGCUGCGCUGGGAGUGGGAGACCCCUGGCGACAGGUGGCAGCAGUUCUUGCCUGAGCAGAGCGAGAUCCUGAGCCAGGCAGCCCAAGCCGGGAAGCUCUCUGCGGACAUCGGGGAGUCCUGUGUGGACCUGCGCAAGAUGCUGCAACAGAAUAAACAGACGGGGCUGGAAUCGCGUGUGGCUGCAGCUGUGCGGGAUCAGGAUUCUUAUUUUGUUUGGUGCUGGCAAGGAGACAAAGAAGGCGAGUGGCUUCCUUACCCUGUGGACACCUGCCUGGCCCUGCAGGCAGCCAGGAACGGCCACGGAGAACCCACAGUGGAAGUGAUAGUUGGGCGGACACGCUACAAGCUGGACACAGCCCGCAUGGUGCAGACCAACAGCCGGACCGGGUUUGAACGUCUGAUGGAACGCAGGGAGUCAGAUGCUGCAGAGACUGAGGAUGGAGGAUCCCAGCCAAGCAACAGCCUCUCAGGGACUGAAAGCCCCGUUCCUGCUAAGAAGGCCCGGGGCGGAGGGGAUACCGCAGCAUCUCAAGGAGACGCAGAUAACAAGGAGGCCGUGAGGACGCUGAUAGUGAAGGGGAAAGCACCCGUGGAUCCAGAAUGCUCUGCCAAGCUGGGCAAUGCCCAUGUUUAUUGUGAGGGAGACGACGUUUAUGAUGUGAUGUUGAAUCAGACAAACCUCCAGUUCAACAACAACAAAUACUACCUAAUCCAGUUGUUGGAGGAUGACAGAGCCAGGAACUACAGCGUCUGGAUGCGUUGGGGGCGUGUUGGUAAGCCGGGUCAGCACUCGCUUGUGAGUUGUGCUGGAGAUUUAGCUAAAGCCAAAGAUAUCUUCACCAAAAAGUUUUUGGACAAAACCAAGAAUGAGUGGACCAAGCGUUGCAGCUUCCAGAAGGUUCCGGGCAAAUAUGAUAUUCUCCACCUGGACUAUGAAGCCAAUGAUGCAAAUGAGGAGAAAGCUGCCUCGCAGAAGACAGCCGUGUGCCCCAAGCCUGUGUCACAGCUGGACCCACGAGUUCAGGCCUUGGUGGAGCUGAUUUGUAGCAUCCGCACCAUGGAGGAAAUGGUGGUGGAGAUGAAGUAUGACACCAAGAAGGCUCCUCUAGGCAAGUGGCCAGCUGAACAGAUCAGCGCAGGGUACCAAUCGCUGCAAAAGGUAGAGGCGUGUCUCAAGCGGAAGCAGACUGGCCAUGCCCUGGUGGAGGCCUGCAAUGAAUUCUACACACGGAUUCCCCAUGAUUUCGGACUGAGGACCCCUCCACUGAUCAGCACAGAAGAGGAGCUGCAGGAGAAGGCCCAGCUGCUGGAGGCUCUUGGCGAGAUCCGUGCUGCCAUUAAACUGGUGCGGUCAGAGCAGCUGGACAAGGAGCACCCGCUGGACCGGAACUAUCGCGGCCUCAGCUGUGAGAUUCGACCUUUGGAGAGAGAUAGCCCUGACUUCCCAGUCUUAGAGCGCUACCUGUUGUCCACUCACGCUCCCACGCACCAAGAUUACACCAUGACGCUGCUGGAGGCCUUUGUGCUGAACAAGGAGGGCUCCGAUCCAGACUCGACCUUCCGCUCUGACCUCCCCAACCGGACACUGCUGUGGCACGGAUCGCGCCUGGGCAACUGGGCAGGGAUAUUGAGUCACGGGUUGCGGGUGGCCCCCCCGGAAGCCCCCGUCACUGGCUACAUGUUUGGGAAAGGGAUCUACUUUGCCGACAUGUCCUCCAAGAGUGCCAACUACUGCUUUGCCACCCGCGAGAAAGACGUCGGCCUGUUGUUGCUGUCGGAGGUAGCUCUGGGCGAAUGCAACGAACUGUUGGAGGCAAACCCCGAAGCGGAGAAACUGCUGACCAGCAAACAUUGCACCAAAGGGCUUGGCAAGAUGGCGCCGUCCCCGGCCAACAGCACGACACUCCAUGGGGCUCUGGUCCCCCUGGGUCCUGCUGCAGAAACCGGGGUGGUGAACCCCAACGGCUACACCCUGAACUACAACGAGUUCAUUGUCUACGACCCACGGCAGGUGCGCAUGAAGUACCUCCUCAAGGUGCGCUUCAAUUUCACCCAGCUCUGGUGAAGUUCAGCAGGCGACGCAGAAGAGGAUGGCAACAGAAAAACCACAGGCCUCAUUUUUUCCAAGCUGACGUCUCAAGUGCCUUCAAGCUGAGAGACUUGAGAACUUGACCUCCUUCCAUAGAAUUUUAUUCCUAGAGUGCAGUUGAUUAAAACUUGAUUUAAUACACUGGCCUUGUUAAGGGAGUUGACAAAGGCACCCCUUUUGUAGUAAGCAGGCUAUGUUGUUGUGUCAGGAAAACUGUGGAACAACUAAGGCCUUGGAGCAGCAGUGGACUGUAGGCCUGCAAAGCCUUUCUCAAGUCGUUUCAAAAGCCCUUCCCACCCUUGGGUUUAAGGUGCGUCACCCGUUUCCUCACCCUUCUAAGCCCACAACUGCUGUUUCUGCAGAUCGGUCAGUAGUAACACGCCUCUUCUGAUGCUUGCCAAGUGCUCUGGAAUCACCUUAAAGCAAGACAAGGAGAGGGUGAAGGAAGGUGAUGCCUCAAGGCCCUUGAAACAGUGGAUUGCAAAGGCACAGGUGCCUCCUUUGCUGAGUGUCAGGGGGGUACAGGACUCCCCUUCUUGCUAUAUGUCCAUUCCCCCUUCUUCAAUAGUGAAGAAAGGUGUGAGAGACUGGUUGUGGAGUGGUGGUCUCAGUCUCUACUGGCAUGUUCUCUUCCUCCUCCCAGGAAGGCAUGCAAUGAAAGAAUGGGGGCCUCUUGUCUCAGAAAGCUUCCCUAUUCCAUGCCUUAAAGCAGAGUUUCAGCCCAGGAGGUCUCUCUUAUCACCCAAAAGGCAAUUUUGGUCACACAAACGCUUUUAUCAACUGCAUAGGAUGUCACAGGGGGACAAGUAAAAAAAAAAAACCUGGCCAAGCCAAAAGGAGCUUCUGAAGUCUUGCCACAAAGCACAGGGACUUUCAAAGAUGCCCCUCUGCUGCGCCUUGAAGGCCCAAUAUCCGGGCUUCAAAGCGCAGCGCCAGCCCUCGUUGCCAUUUCUCAGCCCUGCUGCUCCUCACUGUUUACUAAGUACAGGUUCUUUAGCACAGAGGAACACAAAAAUGGUUGACAUUGCUCCAUUUUAUUUCUUAAUUGACUUGUAAAAUAAGGGAAGGCGCAUUAGCAAAAUAAAAACACUAUACAGAA